AUGCCGUCCGCCAGCGCGUCCGGUGUCGAUAACGGGGGCUCCGCCAAAUCCCGCGAGCACAACCAGGGGAACCAGGAUCGCAAAUACACGCCCGAUCAGAAGGCCGCCGUGCUGCGGAUCCGGAAAUGCGACACCACGGCCUUUUAUGAGAUCUUGUCGAUAGAGAAGUCCGCGACGGAUGGCGAGAUCAAGAAGGCCUACCGCAAGCAGAGUCUCUUGACGCAUCCUGAUAAGAAUGGGUAUGAGGGGGCCGAUGAGGCGUUUAAGAUGGUGGCGCGUGCUUUCCAGGUUCUGUCCGACUCCGACAAGAAAUCCAAGUAUGAUAAGUUCGGCGGCGACCCCGACAGUAGGUUUACGCCCAGCGCGGGCCCGUCCGGUGGCUCUCCCUUUGGUGGUUUCGGCGGUGGCUUCCCGCGGUCGUCGGCUGGUGGUGCUGGGUUCGAGGACGAGAUCUCGCCCGAGGAGUUGUUCAACCGCUUUUUCAACGGUGGUUUCGGUGGUAUGGGAGGUGGCUUCGCUCCGUUUGGUAUGUCCCGUGGUCCCCAGUUCGUCUUCAACAUGGGAGGCGGUCCCGGUUUCCGAGUGCAUCAGUUUGGUGGUCCCCGUCCGCGCAGAAGGCCUCGCGAAACCAACGCCCAGUCCGAACCCGCCCCCUCCCCGUGGGCCAUUCUCCAGCAACUCCUGCCGCUGAUCCUCCUCUUCGUCCUCCCUCUCCUCUCCUCGCUCUUUACCGGCUCCUCCACCCCCGCCGGUCCGUCCUACCGAUUUGACCCCGUCCCACCGCACACGCAGCAUCGGACCACGCCCCGGCUCAACCUCAACUACUACGUCAACCCCAGCGACGUCGAUGACUACAGCAACCGCAAAUUCCGCCAGUUGGACCAACGCGUGGAGGUGGACUACGUCUCCAAACUACGGUACGAAUGCGAGAGCGAGGUGCUAGCGCGGGACCGGAUGAUCCAAGACGCCCAAGGCUGGUUCUUCCCGGAUGUCGAGAAGAUGAAGGAGGCGCGGUCGUUGGAGUUGAAGAGCUGCCGACGGUUAGAUGCGCUCAAGGGGAAAUUCUGA